AAAAUCAAUAUAAUUAUUCAAUCGAUGAAGUAGUGGGAGAAAUAAUAAAGUUAGAAACUAUAUGAAAAAAGAAUUCAACAUGCCAAAGCUUAAGUCCCUGUAUCUAACAAGAAGAAAUCAACUAAAGUUAAUGAAUCAAUGAAUUCUAUGAAUUCAUCAAUAUCAGGAUUCACCAAUAAAGAAAAAGAAGAUAAAGAAUCUAUCCCUCUAUAUAAAUUAUUGAAAACGCACCAAUUAUAAUAAUAUGCUCAAUAAUUAAUAUCAAGAGGAUAUGGGUAUGAUUUAGUUAAAUUUGCUAUGCUCUCAGAUAAUGAAGUUGAAUAUCUAUCUAGUGAUAUCAAAGUAUUACCAGGUCAUAAAGUCAAACUUUUGAAUCUUGUUGCGUAUAUUAAAGAAAUGAUUAAAACCAGUUUACCUACUCCUCUUAAUUAAUCUAAAUUUCGAAAUACUAGUUAUACAAAAAAAAAUUCCAAACUUGUUACUCAAUAAAAACCUAAAACUAGUUAAACUUAAAGAAUAAGACCUUAAUAAUAAUUAUAAUAAUAAUAAUAAGUAGCGGUAAAUAAAUUGAAAUAGAUGAAAGUUACUAAUAUAGGUUUUGAUUUUUUUUAAGAUGAGAGUGAUUAUGAAGAUGAAUUUAAUUAAGCGUUAAAUUAAAUUAUGGAAAAAUAUAAAGGUGAUACAACAACUAUAAUUAAUUCUAAUAAUUAAACUCUCUAAAAUUAAUAUAGUAAACCAAUCUUAACUAAGACUAAUAAUUUUUUAUAACCAACAACAACGGGACCUUUGUUGUCUGAUAGUAGUAGAGCAAAUACUAAAAUUAAAUCAAAAGAUGAUAUUAUUUUGGUAAGUAAAUUUCAUGAUGAUAAAUUAAUUACAGAAGUUAAAGAAAAUAAGUAAAAUUAAAAUAUUAUUAUUUAGGUUGAUAAAAAAUCUAGAAAAAUAAUUGAAUCAAAAAAGAAGAAAAAGAAAUUUUGAAGAAGAUGAUGAUAAUUUACCAGAUUUAUAGAUGUCCUAAAUUAAACAUAUGUAUUUAUCAUAUGAUACUGGAAAAUUGACCUCUACUCUAGUUAAUUUAGAUAUUGAAGAAAUGAGUAAUUGUUUAGCAUGGGCAAUAUUAAAACAUAUUCAAUUUAGUAAAAGGAAUAAUUAUUCUGUCAUGAAAAAUUCUAGUAUUCCUUUCUCUAUGGAUUUUAGAUUUCGUGGAACUGGUAUGAAUUAAUAAGAUACUUCAUAAAAUCCUAUUGAAGAACCUACUUAAUUACAUCUCUAUAGUGAAUAAUAAUAAUAGUAAUAGAUAGGAUUAUUCUAAUCAUAGUAAAUUUCUAAAUUAGACAAAACUAAUCUAAGUAAUAAAUAAAAUAAAACAUUGGCUUAAAUUAGUGAAAAAACUAUGAGCAAAGAUGAAAAUGACUUUGAUGUUAAAAGAUAAGAAAUCAAAGAAAUAUUAAAAGAAAGUAUUCUUCAUUAAAAUUAAUAUUAUGAUGAAGAAAAUGAUGAUGAUUAUUCAUAAAAUGAAUAAGAUUAUGAUGUAUGUUCAGAAGAAGAUAUUGAUGAUUAAAAUUAAUAUCAAAAUCAAUUGAUAUAAGUCUAACAAAAUGAAUCAGAAUCGUUCAGUCCCAUUAAACCAAAAUAUAUACAACCUUAAUAAUAAUAAUUAAUUAAAGUCAAUAAUAUCUCAGAAGAAUCAUUAUAACAUAUUGAAGAUUCUUAAAAAAUAUACAACUAUUCUCAAAGUAUGCCAUAUUAAGAUUAAUAAUCCCUAUUCUAGUCUAAAUUUGAUUUCAUUGAAAUGGAAGAUGAUGAUAAAGAAAUUAAACUUUAGUACUAAAAAAUAUAUUUUGAUCAUAAUUCAGAAUAAGUCAUACCAACUCCUGAAGUUGUUAGUAAUUAUUGCAAAAAUAUCAUUAUUACAUCCAAAAUGGAAAAAGAAGUAACCAUACUUUGUCUUGUUUAUAUAGAAAGAUUAUUAACAUUAGCUAAUAUAAGUUUAGAACCAUAAACCUGGAAAAGAGUAGUUUUAAUUUCAUUGGUAACUUAUAUCCUUCUUAUUCUAGAUUAUUGCUUCUAAAAUUUGGGAUGAUGAAUCAUUUGAAAAUGACAAUUUUGCAAAAGUAUUCCCAUAAUACAGAACUAAAGAUAUUAACGAAAUGGAAAGAAUAUUUUUAAUUUUAUUAGAUUAUAAACUUUAGGUCUAUCCUGCUGAAUAUGCUAAAUAUUAUUUUAUUUUGAGAAUGUAUACUGAAAGCAAAAAAAGGAGUUUCCCACUGCGACCAUUAGAUUUAAACACUAUCAUGAAAUUAUAAAAGUAAUCUAAUCAAGCAGAAUAUGGAUUGAAAUAAAAGUAUGCAUAGAGUUUAAAUAAGUCUUUUUGA